AUGGCGCCGGAUUCCGCGGCGACGUCGCGUGGCGUCGGCGGGGGCGCUGGAGGUGAGCGCGAGGGUGCGCCCGUGGCGCGGGGCGACGAGCCGGGGGGCUCAGAGCGCGGGGGGCGUUUGCGGGGCGAGAGCUUGGUGGACACGAACGACGACGACCAGGCAGACGAGGACUUUAGCGAGAUGGACAUGUCGUCUGGAUCGGAGGAAGAGGACAGCGAUGAAAGCAAAAGCACGGACCAGGGCCGCAACCCCAGCGCGACCGAUGGCGGCGAGACCUCGGAUGACGACGCGGACUACGUGCCCGGACAGCGCUCCCCAGGCGGGCCGCACGCGACGGGCGAGGGCGCGGACGGCGACGACGACAGCGCGAGCGACGACGACGAGGCCGCGGACACCCCCGCCGGGCCGCCCCGCCGCCGCCGGCACAACCACGGCAUGCACGAGCCCGAGUUCGAGGAAAUGGCUCUCUCGGACGCAGACUCCGACUCCUUUGUGUCCGGGGACGCCGACGCGCUCGCGAGCGGCGCGGACCGCCUCUCCGCCAUGCACGGCGGCGCCACGCCGGACCUGGGCGCCCCGGGCGGCGCGUGCGACGAUAGCGAGGUCGCGCGGCCGUACCUGACGCGCGGGCGGGCGAGGGACGCGGGCGCGGCGGUCGCCGAGCCCGACGCGGAGCUGGAGCGCAUGGAGAGGCAGCUGCCGCUGAUUGCCUGCGACGCCGACGCGAUGGCUGCUGAGAGGGAGGAGUGGGGCAGGUUUCUGUCUGGACUGGCCGACAUUGGGGGGGGAGUCGGGGGCGUUGACGGCGGUGGCGACAUGGUGGAGCCGCCGGGGAUGCCCGGGCAGGACGAUGCGGACGAUGUCGACUUCGACGUGCGCGUGGAGGAGUAUUUGGAGGGGUCGUCUGACGAGGACGACGACAACGAGCGCAUGAUGCAGCGCUUCCAACGGCACUGGGGCGCGUGGCGGCGCGAGACCGCCGCGGACGACCAGGCCGCGCACGCCGUGCUGCACGACGAGGACGACGCCGUCCUCCAGCCCCCGCUCAACCCCUACUUCGAGCGCCGCGAGGGCGAGGAGGGACUCUCAGACACCCCCGGGGAACUCUUCAGCCCGACGCAGCUCCGGCGGCUCUACCGGCAAGCCGCCAACCACUGCCAGCUGCUCGUGCAGGGCGCGAGCACCGUCGCGCGCGACCCGCGGCUCACGGACAUCGCGCAGCGGUACGACUGCAUGCUUUCCGAGUUAUACCAAGAGUGGAACGGCGCCCUGCUGCGCAGUCAGCUCGAGGGCUGGCCGGCGCUGACCUCGCUGCUCGGGCUGCACCCGGACGUCGGCGUGCACGUGCCGCCCUUCUACGGCGAGUUCGACGAGACGGCGGACGUCCAGCUCGGCGUCGUCGCGGUGCAUCCGUUGGGUGCCGUGGACGCGCUGGCCGGGGACGCGGUGCAGCUGCAGCUGGCGCAGGCCGGCGUGGCGAACGUGUCGGACGAGAUCCAGACGCGCGCGCGGAAGCUGUCGCAGCGGCGGGGCGUCGCGGGGCCGCCCGGGGUGACGCCGUCGGAGGGCGGUCCGCGGCGCAUCGCGGUGGACUUCCAGGUGCAGUGCGCGCUGGACAACGUGUGGCUGCGGCGGCUGUCGGACUUCUGGCAGAUGAUCCGCGACGCGCCGAACGCGGAGCCCGAGGCGGACGGCGCGGGGGGGGACUCUGCGCCGGCGGUAUCGCCGCAGGUGUGGGACGCGCUGCGGAAGACCUACCACGGGUGCUUCGACCGGGCGCUGAUGGUGGACAAGCAGAAGCGGCUGAAGCAGAAGUUCCUCGCGAGCUCCGAGGACGCGCUCAUCGCGCGGGGUCUGUUGCGGUACGGGUUCCAGUGGGAGUGGAUCCAGCAGUGUCUGUUGCCCCCGCACACGCCGGAAGAGAUUCAGACGCGGGCGCGGAACAAGGGAUCGAGCAAGUACAAGGGCAGCGAGAUAUACGAGGCCACGCUGGUCGUCAAGGAGCGUCCGCUGACGCCCGAAGAGCUGCACUUCCUCCAGGCUUGCAUGCCGAAUUUGAAAGGGCAGAACAGAUGGAACAACGUCGUUCGCGACGUCGUGUACUGGAGGUGCUCGCGGACGCUGGCCGAGCUCUACCGCAACGCCAUCGGGGAGGCCGCGGACCCCAUGCGCCGCAACAAGCGGGCGCGGGUCGACCACGAACGGGCGGUGGCCAGCGAGCAGGCGCGCGAGGGGCACGCCACGCCGCCACGGGGGCGCCGGAGGCGCCGGGAGCCGGCGGCGGGCGCGCAGUCGCCGGGCGGGGCGCGGGCGCGGCGCGCCGCGGCCGAUCGUCGCCUGCGGCCCGGCGGCGCGUGCGCGGCGAGGACAGCGGCGGCGGCGGCGGUGCCUCGCAAGGCGGCCCGCGGCAAGUCACGGUGUGGAUCGAGGCGGGGAGCGAGUGGAUCCGCGCGACGAUGGGGGAGGAGGAGGCCGCGAAGUACUACAAAGAGCACCCGCGUGCCUACGCGAAGAAAAUGGAAGUUGAGGGGGGGACUGUUGCACCCGUCGGGGGGGGGUCCGCGCUGCCGGCCGGGAUGCCCCCCGCGGGGAUGGUGGACGCUUCGGGCUUCGGGCAGGCGUUCGCGAUGGCGCAGAUGGCGCCGCAGGGGGGGCUCGCGGACCCAGCAGCGUACUGGCCGGCGUACGGCAUGGGGGGGGGUGUCGUUCAUGGUAUGA